UUAACCCCCGAGAACCCGCGGUUGCCGAGGUGACUCGAGGCGAUGCGCGUCCGGGUCGUCCUUUGACUCGCCGGACCUCUUUUGGGGCCGCAAUCGCCCUCGGUCGUCUCGCCCCGGCGCCGAGCGAGGCCCGCCGGAUCGCCGCUCGAGGCAGAGGUCCGAUCCAGUCGCGAUGGGCUGCGAGCUGGGGAAAUUGACGUCCUCGACGACGCGAAAUCAAACCGGGCGCGAGAGCCCGCCACCACCGGCGGCGACGGACCCGAGGCUUCCGCUGACCGCCAAGCAGAAGUACACCAUCCUGGCCAGCUGGAGGGCCGUGGCGCGCGCCAUGGAGCCGACCGGGGUGUACAUGUUCGUCAAGUUGUUCGAGGACAACGCGGAGCUGCUGAACAUGUUCACCAGGUUCCGCGACCUGAAGACCAAGGAGCAGCAGUCGUCGAGCAUGGAGCUGGCCGAACAUGCGGUCACCGUCAUGACCACCCUGGACGAGGGUAUCAAAGGACUAGACGACAUGGACGUUUUCCUCACGUACUUGCACCAGGUCGGGGCUUCGCAUCUCAGAAUCCCCGGCUUCGAUCGGCAGUACUUCUGGAAAAUCGAGGAGCCCUUCCUGGAGGCCGUCAAGAGGACCCUGGAGGACCGGUACACGGAGAACGUGGAGCACAUCUACAAGCUGACGAUCAAGUUCAUCAUCGAGACCCUGAUCGACGGCUUCGAGAAGGCGGAGAAGGACAAAGCGAAGUCCUAGUUAUUUAGGGAAGGAUGGAGAGCCAACGCGAACGUCGACCGGGAGCCGAGGUGUCCCCUGCGCCGGGUCGGGUAACCAGGAGCCGGUCCCCGGGAACGCGGCCUCCUCGCCACCUCUCGAAGUCGACCCCGAGCCGAUCCUGCCGAUCGGCGGCCAGGUGACUCGGACUUCCGGGAGUCCCCGAUGAGGAAGACCUCCGGAACCACCUCCUCGGUGGAGGAUCCCGGCUCCCUUCCGGACCUCGAGAUCCGAAGGAACUACUUUCUAUCGUAGCUUAGCGAAUCCUUUUUCACCUUGCUCGUCCCCUUCCUCCCCGCGUCGUCCUUCUUUUCCCCUCGCGAGUUUCCCCCGGUCGCCGGACUUUUCCUCGACUUUUCAAUGCGGAAGAGUAGAGGGACAAGAUGCGGUCGUACCGCGACCGCCGAUGACUGGAUCAUCGGCGACCCCUCCCCUGAAUUUCGGGGUCCAACGUAACCCCGCAAUACACAGGGGUGGAAUAAUUUUCCCGGGGUCGGUUUUCCCAUAGAUAACGAAUACAUGCCUCGUCUCGUCUGACUCAUCGCACUUUACAUAUCUCCGCAAUUUCAUCGAAAUCAAGGCGAUCGAGGUCAUGAAGUCCUCUUGUUAGGGAGAGCUCGUCAAUUUCUAGAUUCCUUGCUACCCCCGCGGACGAUAAGCUCAAUUUCUCGCCGGUAAUUUUCCACGUCCUCUCCAUUUUUUCUUUCCCCUCCACUCCCCCUCUCUCCAUCUCGAACAACUCGAAAGUAACGAGCCGGCCUCGGGAUUUUCAGUUUUCCACCCCCGUAAAUCAUAGCACCUCGAUCAUCCCCCUCCGUACUUCGGUAAAAAAAUCGCUCACUCGACGGAGAUUCUUAUCGACCACCGAGCCAGGGGCGAUUUUUUCCCGCUCGAUGAUUCCUCUCACGAGUUAAAAAAAAAUCCCUCCCGAGAGGUGCGGGAAAAUCUCCGCCAAUGCAGAACCACCCCCUAGGACCUGCGGGGGUUCGAAACUUUUCCGAGGAGCUAAAAAACGGGGUUGAAAGUUUCCCCGCGACCCUUCCUCGCGGAAUCAGACCUUCCAGAGAAUUAACCCUCGUGAUUUUCGGUCGCGCGUGCAAGGAUCUCUCCCCCUCUCUCUCUCGAUCGGUGGAACUCGUUCGGAGGGGUUCUAGAUUCUGGACAGCAGGGGAAGGACCGGAGGGGUUGAAAAUUUGGCCGAGUGCAGGCCCCCCGCCCGACGCGGAUCCUCCCUCGGGAAGAGCCGAGAGCUCCGGCGAGCAUCCCUCUUCACAUGUCAAUUUCCUAGGGACUUUUUAAGCUAGGACCAAAGCCCCGUCUCUCUUUCGGCUCGAGAGCUGGACUUACGAUUAGCGGGGGCCUCCCUCUCCGGUAACCGGCGAUUAUCGACGCGGUCGGCGAAAAUCGCCGCUAAUCGACCUGGAGACCGGAGAUCCUCCUACGGGACGCAGUUGCCGUCUCGAAGUCGCUGUUUGUACCAGAAGAAAAAAAAGGAAGAAAGACAGAAAAAAAAAAACAAAAAACAGAACCAUAAAUAUAGGUAAACGUGUACCGCGAAAAAAGCGUGGCGCCGAUGACUCCGCGACCGCUGCAGUCGAUGACUCGUGACGGGGAACCAUCGAUUUCCCGUCGAUGACGCCUGGUAUCUCGCCUCUGCCAUGGGUUACCACCCGGAGCGGCCCAUCGAUCGACACUUUGACCCUUGAGGUUCGGGCUGCAAAAAUCAUGGAAGGUUCAAUGAGAGGACGAUUCCUAGUUCGGAAGACAUUACCGAAAUUUAUCGACGAGUUUCCCCGAUAAUCGGCCAUCGCCUCGGUCGUGGAGACCGCUCCGCGGAUGGUUCCCCGUUACUCGCGGAAAGGCGGAAAUCUUUCGUUCCCUUUAACGAAGGAAAAGUGCCAUCGGGCUCCCCGAGCGGCGCUAAAAGUGGACGUUUCCCGUAACCAUCGACUCGCGAUCAAUCCUCCGCCAGACCAUUCGAUCCCGGAUUUAAUCCGAUUAGGCCGAUUCAUGGAUGGCGAUUGUUAGCGCGUUAUCGCCCCCCUUGUGCGUCCGCCGUUUGCAAUAAGAGCGAAAACAUGACUCGGUUAACAGGUCAGCCAACGUAAUUGGUUUCGGGUCAUUCCCGUUGUAAUGAAUGCGGCGUGGAAAUAAUAAUCCUGCACGGCGGCGCAAUCGACAAUCGCUCCUGCCCGAUAACCACCUGCGUCCCCCGCGCCCUUCGGCGGCCCAUAACGCACAAAGGAAAUGCGCAACAAAAGCCCGAGGAUCGCAAUCGGUGCCCAAGGGCGGAAUCGUUAUUUUCCCAGGGAACGACCCCCCGCGAAGCCAAUCCAAGAACAAUCCGUAAUACCUCGGUUUAAAACGAUUUACCAUUUCUGCGCGCUAUCGACUGGCUCGGAAGUUUUCAAAAUGGCGGACCGGGCGUCCCUCGAUAGCCGGGGAAACGACGGUCGAAAGAGACCGGGAAAUUUUUCCCUGACUCGAGAUAUGGUACAUUGGGCCACGGCGGGAUGAAUUCCGCGUAUCUAAUUCCUCGGGGCGACUAACCCCCCGAGAAGACUAAUUAAUUUCGGCCCCCGAGCCUCGGUUUACCGCGCCAGUCUCGAUGCCGCAACCACAGAGGAAGAUUCCCCCGUGGAAGACGCGCGUUGCACCCCCUGGAAUCUCCGAUCACCCUUGAGCGGAGGUGCAACAGCCCGUAUCGAUUAUUCGUAUUAAUAACGAUACGCGAUUCGCGGUCUUCCGCCGGGAAGGCCGUCCUUACGGGCGACAAGGGUUGCAAACGGGGUUGGCUAUCGCGCUUACACCGGAGGUCGCUCCCCAGCUUCCAGCAGGUUAUACGAAAUUGUAUCCCUAGACUGCUUUUACUCUCGAAAUAACGGAAUUAAUAAUAAUAUGAUAUGCGAAGGUACGGACGGUUUCCCUGGGACGCUGCGUGCGGCCAUUUUGAAAGGCAGACCCACGUGACCUGGUUUCGAUUUCUGCUGGCUUGGGGGGUGAUGUAUUUACAGAUCUCAAGAUUUAACAUAAUUCUGUCACCCCCGGAAGUAUCGAUGGGGCAUCGAAAUACCGGCUAUCGAGUAGUUCGGUAUACGGACAUGUUGAUAUCGGUUGCAUUGAUUUUCCACGAUUAUUACGGCCUCCGAAAAGUGUCCACUUUUUCCGCGGCUCGGGUAACCCAGACUCGCGGCCGAUGUUCGAGCUGAGGUUUUCCAAAAUUUCGGCCGACUUUAUACCAUAAAGCGUCGCGAUAAAUGUUGCAUGGAAAUGAGUAUUAUGCGUUUCGGUCCUCGAACGCGGUUUCAAGGAAAAAAAGAAGAAGCAAAUGGGCACAGUGCCGAGAUAAUCGUGCAAGGGCUCGCAUUCUAGUCCACCGUGUUGAUAAGAGUUUAAGGAAUUUCAUACGAAAUGCACAAACGACCUGUACCUUCUAUUCUCCGCGAUAAAGGAAACAAGAAACAGAUCUAUUUAACCGAAAGUCUUCAUGAAACAAGAAAAAAAUAUAUAUAUAUAUUAAUGAUCUAG